AUGUCGACUGACAAGGACGACAGGUUCUUGCCAUCCCCCGCCGUCCAGCGCGGGGCACCCCAACACCCCAUCAGCCUCAUCAUCUCCGCCAUCGCUUUCUACUGGGUCGCGUCCCUCUCCGUCGUCUUCCUCAACAAGACCAUCCUCUCUGGCUCAGAAUACAAGUUCCCUUACCCUCUCUUCGUCACCCUCUACCAAUUGAUCGUGGCCCUGGUCCUCUUAGUCGUCUGCGGGCAGCUCGGCAAGAGGAAUCGCUCGUUCUCGAUGAUCCCUCCGUUCGAGUUUGACCUGGACAUUGCCCGCAAGAUCGCCCCUCUCUCGGUCGUCUAUGUGCUGAUGCUGACCCUCAACAACCUCUGCCUCCAACUGGUCGAGGUCACUUUCUACCAGGUCGCCCGCUCGCUCUCCAUCUUCUUCAACAUCCUUCUCACCUACACCAUGCUCCGCCAAAAGACCUCCCCCGGAGCCAUGUUGGCCUGUGCUGUCGUCGUCCUCGGCUUCUUUGUCGGCUCUUAUGGCGAGAGCAAUUUCUCCUGGGCAGGUCUCUGGGCUGGUGUCGGAUCCAGUGUUUUUGUGGCCCUCUAUGGAAUCUAUGUCAAGAAGACACUGGCCAUGAUCGAUAACAACCAGUGGCGCCUCCUUCACUACAACACUGCCAUUUCGAUUGUUCUUUUGACCCCUAUUGUGUUGUUCUCGGGCGAGCUGGGCGAGAUCAGCAGGGAGGUGUAUUUCUUGGACGAUUUAGGAUUCUGGACCUUGAUGACCUUGACGGGAGUUGCGGGAUUCUUGAUCAACACUGCCAUGUUCUUGCAGAUCAAGUACACAACCGCUUUGACCAACACCAUCUCUGGAACCGCAAAGUCCUGUGUCCAAACCCUCCUCGCCAUGGUCUUUUACCAAAACCCCAUCACCGCCAUGAACGGGUUUGGAAUCUUUUUGAGUUUGCUGGGAUCGGGCAUGUACUCCUGGGUUCGCUAUGCAGAGAUGCAACGCAGAUAG